CUAACAACACACACACACAUUAUUUUCGUAUAAGUUAUAGAACAAACUGGAGGCCAAUGUAAACACUUGCUCAUACAUAUAUAAAUAUCAAAGUAUAUAGACAAGAAAGACAGCCAACUAAAUCGAAGAAUGUGGGAGAAGCUGGUGAACUGCAUCAAGGGUGGUGGCGCCCAAAAAAAAAGCUGCCAGGUUGUUCAAUUGGCCGAUUUGGUGAAACAGGUGCCACCAAACCAACUAAAGAUGUUCCAAAUAUUUACCAAGAAACACGAGGAGUACAAGGACCGGGUUCGCAAGUAUCCAGAAUCGAUGCCGACAAUCGACUGGGAGUAUUAUCGACAGAAUGUUCGCGAGGAGUUUGUGGAAUGGGUUAAGGGUUACGAGACGAAAUAUGAUAAGCUGCACUCCCUGUUCGAGAAUCGGCAUGCAAUUGUGGAUCACAAGCGCUAUUUCGACAAAGUGGAUGCCGAGGGGGAGGAGGUUAAGAAGGCUAUCAGUGCCUACAAGGCUGAGUCCAACGAACGGAUCAAGAAGCUCAACGAACAAUUGGAAUUCUUGAAGGCAAUGCAGCCCUACGAGAACAUGACCAUGGAGGAAUUUUGCUUUGCCCGUCCACAUUUGGCACCGGAUUUCCUCAACAAGCCGACUUUCUGGCCGCACACUCCCGAAGAGCAAGUGCCAGGUCCUGCGGAUCCGGAGGCGGCAGCUGCACUACAUGAAGACCACAAGCCCGAGCCGCCAAAGAAGCCCAUUCCGCCGCCUGAGAAACCUCCAGAAAAGGGUUCUGGCGAUGCAAAACCCUCGGCUGCUGUGGCUCCCAAAGAACCAGCAGAGCCCCUUGUGGACACCACUCAGCUGGCCGAAAAAGCUACUGGGUUGGCCAAAGAUUUGGUGGCCAGGGCUAUCGUAUUAUUCAACAUUCUGAAGAUGAAGGUGUCGGGCCUGGCCAAGAAUGUGCAAAAGAAAGCAGAUGCCGCCAAGGCAGCGCGUACCGAGGCUGCCGGAAAAUCCACCAAAUCCAAGCCUGCUGAGUCCGCAUCCACACCCGCCAAGUCACUAGACAGCAUUACUGAACGCGAGUCCGGACCAAAUAUCUGCAACCAAACCAUUAUUCGUAGCGAAGAGGGAGAAGCCAAUCCGGAAGUGAAGGCCAGACAUGCUAACCUAUCCAUCGAGGCAGAUCCUUGUGAUGCCCUGGAGGAGCGAACCAGGGAGAUAGCCAGGGCACUGGAGCGCAAACGUCAACGGGAGGCCGAGGAAUGGGACUGCAGGCCAAAGGAGGAUCCCUGCAAGCCCAAAGUGGAGGAAGACGUCUGCGGAGAGAAAGACAUUUGCAAACCCGAUCCCUGUGAACUUAAAGAGGACGAAGAGGCCUGUAAGCCAGAUCCUUGCAAGCCCGAUCCUUGCAAGCUCGAUCCUUGCAAACCAAAAGACGAAGAACCCAUCUGCGAUGAUGAAGAUCCCUGCAAGAAAAAACCAAUGGAGGAAAACGAAUGCAAAUUCGAUACGGACAACCCCACGGAACAAGAGCAGAUCUUUAUAAACAUAGCCGAGUGCAGCAAGGACCUGGUCAAGAAGGAAGAUAACCCCGGUAAGCCCAAGGAAAAGGCUUCCCUGAUGCAGACAGUCGAGGGCAUUGAUCAAAAACCCAUAAUCGGACUGCAGCUAACAGAAUCCAAGGAUGCCAGGAAGGAUCAGAAGGGCAGCAUUGAUGGCGCUGUGUAUACAGAUCCCAAUCAGAUUGUGGAACUGCUCGAGCAGGAAAAGCAAGCCAAGGAAUUAAAGGCGAAAGAGUCACUGGCUGAAGUCAAGAUGCCCGAAGAUGGAAAACCACUUACUAUUUAUCCCAAGCUAGAGAUAUCGGCCAAACCGAAAUUGGAGCCCACAGACGAUGUCAAAAAGUCGCCCAAGGAUAUGGCCAAGCAGGUGUUUAACAUGGCCACAGGAGCUGCUUCCCUGUUGACCGAGGCCACCAACACACUGGAGGACUUGAAGAAAAAGAAGGAGGAUCGUCUGGAGGCCCUGGAGCAGGCCUACACAUCCGCCCAGAGACAGGCCCAAGGAGCUCUGGCCGAGGCCUCCAAAGCGGUAGAUGCCGCCAACAAAUUGGCCCAGAGAUCGGCCGAAAAAACUGGCGAAAUAAAUAGCCGCGAUCAGGAGGCCUUGGACAUGGCCGAAAAGCAUGCUGUUUUGGCCAAAAUGCUGGCCAGUCGUGCGGUGGCCCUAAAGGACGAAAUCGCCCGUGUUCUUAACGACCUGAAAAAGAAAGAGUAGUCCCCAGAUCACACACUCUUUUUAAACGAUUUUGUACCUCAUUUUGUUAGUUUGUUGUUCGUAUUAAAUUUUCUGUUUAAUU